GAAUUAAAUUUUCUCAGUUUGUUUUUUUGUUUGUUUUUCUUUUAGUGAUUUAAUUUUGGUUUUAGUUUUAUCAACUGAAAAAUUAAUUAAUCAAAUUCUAAUUACGGUGAUUCGAUGUGAAAUUUAUACUUUUCACCCAUUUUUGGAUUGUACAUUUUUCCUCUCUUUCUCUCUCUCACUGACUCUUCUCUUUCCUUUCUAUUUUUCUUUCUUUCCUUUCCUUUUCUUUUUCUUUCUCUCUUUUUUUUUAUAUAUUAUUUAUCAAUAGGAAAGAAAGAAAGAAAGAAAGAAAAACGCAAAAGAGAUAAAAUGAUGCAAGCGCCUUUUACCCGACUCCCUCAGCCUGUUGUCUGCUCCAUUUGUAAUAAGCAAUAUAAGGAUGUUCAUGAGCAUAUUGAACACAUGACCUCUGUCCAUCAAAUGAAAGCAUCGUUCAGGUGUAGCACGUGUGGUGAAAUAUUUCCCAGUAAGGUUGCCGUUGAAGCUCAUCUAGCAACUCAUGCUGGUGCUGGUCAAUCAAAUGCUGAUUUAACAUCGAUACCUGUUACAGCCAUCAAUUUAUCUUCAAACAAUGGUAAUAUCAUCACUACUAUCACUGAUAAUAACAAUUUAAAUAACUCCAGUAACAAAACUAUCAAUUCUGAUAAUAAUAAUAUUAACAAUAAUAAUAAUGGACGAGUUACUUCAGCUUCUUCAAGAGAAGGUAAUAAACCAUCUUCUUCUGCUUCUUCUGGUUCUAUUUUAUCUAACAUUCAAGUGACCCGAAGUGCAUGUGAUGCCGAGAAUGUUCUUGCUCUUGACAUUGAGGAGGAUGAAGAAGAAGAUGGAGAUGAUGACUUGCUUAAAGAGGUUUACAGUUGCUCUUGUGGUAAAGCCUAUUUUCUUAGAAUGUCAUUUGAUGCUCAUCAGAAAGUUUGUCCAGCCAAAAUGCAACAAUAUAGUAACACAACCAUCCCCGCAUCAACUUGCACCGUUACAAGGAAUCAAGAGGCAAAUAAUAAAAGUCAAUCUAAACCUGGUGAAAAUGUGAUUAAACGUCCACAGGGUCGAGGUCGUUCCCUUGGUAGUCUUGAUACUUUGGGUACAGAAUUAAUUGGAUCUGAAACAUCUAAUUGUCGAAAAAUGGUUGAAGCGAUACAUUCAGAUGGUGAUACUAAUUGUAAAGCUUGUCACAAACCAAUGAAAGGAUUUAUCAGUUUAUGUAAUCAUCUAAGUCGACGUAAUGAGUGCAGAGAAUUUUAUAAUGACAAUUUGGUUCCUGAUCAUGGAUUGGAAAAAGAUAAAUCAUCUUCUAACCAGCAUGAGAAAAUUCGACAUUCUCUGGAAACACCGGACAGAAGCAAUAAUUCAUUUGUUAAAUCUGGUGAUUCUCUUUUACAUACUAAACGAGCUUUACCAAAUACCACUACCUCUGGUGCCUCUUCAACCUCUUCACCGACAACUGUUGGUAAUAAUAAUAACGGUAAUUCUGGUGGAAAUACUAAUAGUGGAUCAGCCAGUGAUUCUAAAACAGGACAAGGUUAUAGUCCCGCUUUUACCGAUUUGGGUCCUGAUGAUAUAAUCAUUGCACCUUCUGAUGAGCUUAUUCGCCGAGCUUACCUGGUACGAAAUCGUGUCCAGUGUCCACGGUGUACAAAAAUAUUCGGCGGUAAAACUCCCGCUGUCGCUUAUAAUAACCAUCGACGGAAUAAACAUUGUCCAGCAACCCAAGCAACUGUUCCCUAUUUGAAAGCUAAAUUCAACAAAAAUAAGGAUCAACAAUCCAGUCCUCAAGCAGCAGAUACUGUACCUGUGAAUGCAAACGUAAAUCCUGUUAUCCCUCAAGAAUCCAAGUUACCUGAUGGACAAGCUCAAGUCAGAUUCUAUUGUAAAUUAUGUCCUAAUCGAGAUAUAAAAAAUCGUGUCUCUCUUGGUGUUCAUUUAACCACUUACCAUGGUCUACCUGCUGUGAACAUAAGUUCUAAUGAUGGAAUUGCUCUAAGAUGUCAAACCUGUUCACUAACCUUUAAUUCCAAAUAUUUUUACAAUAUGCAUCGUUAUGAAUGUGAUCUAACCUCUCCUUACAUUGGAAUCUUAGAAGCCGAUAAAUCUGAAUCAGAUGAUUUAACCACAAUUCCAUCAACAGAAUCAAAACAAGCAACCAAUGAGAGAGAAGAAGAAACAAUUUCUCACCGACCAGCUCCACCACCUUCCAUCAUGCCACCUCCUAUCCAAUCAAUAUCUCCAACACCAGUUUCACCUCAAGCCCAACAAUCAACCCAACACCACCGUCAACAAUUAAGCUCAAACAGUUCACCCUCAUCGAUUGGUUCAACUCCAUCACCAAUACCAACAACUAAUUCACAAUCUCAACUUUUAAAAGUUCAGCCAACCUUCAAUAAUCCUCCACGAGGAAGUGCAGUUAGUAAUGCAUAUUUUGGAAGCAAUUACACGUGCACUCUAUGUCACAAGAAGGGUUUUCCGGUCCAAAUGCUGUCGAAUUCAUCAAAAUAUCAAUGUGUUAAAAGACCUUUAGUUCCACCACCGAAAUCUCCGUAUCCCUCACCAUUGGCUAAACCUCGAACAAAAUCUUAUUCUCGACCAUUAUCUCGAGAUGAAUCUCAAUCAGGAUCCAAUGAGUCUCGAUUAGCUGCUCUUCUGGGAAGUCCUAAUCCAGUUGCCCUCAACUCUCAACUAAAAGGUGAUCGUCGCAGUGAAUUGAAUCGUGUCCAUGAGUCUGGAUUACUCAUGUGCGAUAAUUGUGGACGAGGUCCUUACAACAGUCAAUAUUACCUACUUGAACAUAAGAGACAAUAUUGUCAAGUGGUUAAAAACAAUCGUAAUAAUAAUGUUUCAUCUCCAUCCAAUUCAAGCUCUUCUAAAUCAAUUGAAAUUGAAAAUGCUUUAGAGCAAAUUCCUACACCCAAUUUGACAAAGACUAAAGAUUUAUCUCAAAGAAUUGCGCCUUCAUCAUCUUCAAAAAAUGAUUUAAUUCGACCAGUGCCUCAAAAAGCUAAUCACUCAAACGAUAUUCGUCUAAUUAUUGGUAAUAAUAUUAAAAAUGGUUCAUACGAAAGUAAAAUUGUCACCAAUAAGAAUGAAACAAGAAAUUCACAUCAAAAUAACUCGAAUAACAAUAAUAGUAAUCACACAAGCAACAACAAAGAACCUCAAGAUUAUGUUGACAUGAUUACUGAAAAUGUGCCUUCCGGAGAAACAGUUAAUCUACUUGAAUGUACCGAAUGUGGUUUUACCGAGUCUGAUGUAUUUAAAUUCGUCCGUCAUCGCCUUAAACACUUUUCCGAUAAACCAGAAGAUUUCAGUAAAUUUGUUUGUUAUGCUUGUGAAAUUUGUAAAGGUAAAAUAGUUAUCAGUCAACUUUCCCGAAUACGACAACAUCUUCACCAACAUCUUAAAAUAUACAAGACUUUAUAUAAAGCGGAGCCCAGAAAAGAGAAACGAAAACGUUCCUAUCCCUUUGAAACUGAAAAUGAAGACAAUGAUACAAUGAUCACAUGUCCUUACUGUCGAGCUUGCCAAUUUUCCGAUGCUCCUGGUUUAUCUCAUCAUAUUAAAAAUGCUUGUCCUUUCCGUUUCCGUUGUAUUAAAUGUGACCGAACCUUUGUCUCUAAAGACUUAUUGGUAGAUCACAAAAAAACGUGCCUUGUUGAUGAAGUUAGUAACAACAACUCGAAAACUCUCAUAUCCUGCCAUCAUUGUGGUCUUAAAUUUAACUCAAAGCAACGGCUUUUCUAUCAUGAACAAGCCUGUCACAAAGUCUACAAUGCUGAUGUCUCCCAAAGAGUAGAGGAACUUAUUGAUAGAGCCUCUACUUGUGCUAUCUGUGGAUUAAGAGCGAAAAAUUAUAUCGUUAAAGCAAAACAUGAAGUCAAGUGUCUAGAAAUGGCUUUGGAUUCGCUGGGUAUCAAGUUUCUGCAUUUUGAGAAUAUGGAAGAUAUUGACUCUGAUUCGAGCAUUGUUAACGAAGAAUCUGUUGACCAAAGUUCUCUGAUCUCAGCUAAUGGUGGUGGUAUAGUUGAAGAUGAAGAAAUGGAAGUAGUAGACGAAUAUGAAGAAGAAAUUGUGGAAAAUAUUUGUGAAUUAAUGGUCAAGUACAGUGAGGAGGAUUUAGAAGAAUCUUUGCGGAAAAAGUUUGGAAUUGAUAAAGAUUGUUCUGUUGUUCUCGAAAGAUUGAAAGAUGUUACUUUCACAGGAGAAAAUGAUGAAGAUGUAGAUGAUGAGAAAGAUGAGAAAGAAGAAGAAGAUGAUGACGAUGAAGGAGAAUAUGAUGAUUAUGAUGAAGAUUGUGAGAACCUGAAUGACCAUUUCAACAAAAUGGAAUCAUUGAAGCAAAUGUUUGAAAGACUUUUACAUCGUUUGGUUCCCAAGUACGUUUACGAUGAGAUAAUCAAUGGAAAACCUGUUGAUGUGGCUCUUACCUCAAUCUUACAAACAAUGGGCUCUAAUCCACUUACGGAGACAAAUCACAAAUCUAAUAUUAUCAACAAUUUCCGAACAAAUAUUGAAACAUUUUUACAACUUUCUAUUGAGAAGGAAAUUCUGUCAAAAGCUUCCGAUAAAACUAGAGUAGUUGAUGAAAUUAUCUCCAAUCUUCUCAAUGUCCAACAAAAUCAGAUCACUGAUUUAUUAUCUCCUCAAUCAUCUUCAUCGUGAAGCUACAAAAAACUAAAAAACAAAAUGAUUACCAUAAUUAUCAUAAAUGUUCACACUGACCAUCAUUUCCACCACCAUCACCACCGUUAUCAUCAUGAUCCUCACCAUCACCAUCACCAUCACCGUCACCACCAUCAUCAUUAUCAUUACCAUAAGAAAGAUCAUCAGUUAUCUCUUACUUUUCAUAUCGAGUCAUUUAUCUACACAUGAAAUUCAUAGAAACAUUUGCAAAGUUAUACGGAAAAAAAAAGAUGGAAACUUCAUCUCAUGCAAAUAACCCAAAGCAAUAGCCGCCGAUUUCAUUUCAAUUUAAUAUAUAUUUCAUAUAACAAAUAAUUACUUAUCAUGAUAACAUUUAUAUUUAUAUGUUACCCGCUUGUUAAACAAACAAGAUAAACAUUUACACACCUACAAUAUAUUACCACACAAAUACAUACAAAAGAAAACAAAAAAUCAAAGUAAAAAAGUGCUCAUGGAUGCCCUGGUUCCAUAAGAAAGUUAACUAAACAUAAAAUUCAAAUGGUGGAUUUGGCUAAAAAAACAAAGAAAAUGAUAUUAAGCAAUUUGUUUUUCUUAAUCACUUUUCCAGUAAAGGUUGACAAUCAAGGCAAUUCAACUUAUCGUCAAAAUGACAAAUAUCAACCAAAUCAUAACCACCUCUCUCUAACUUUUUCUCUCUCUCUCCUUCUGUUAUGUUCCCUAUUGUUCAGCUGUUGAAACUUUUUCUUUCUCUUUCCCUCUGAAUAUUUCAAGAAUUCUGAUUACAACUCUGAUCAUAAUCAAAUUACAAAUGACAAUUAAUCAACUAAUUAGUGAUAUGUAUUUUGUUUUUACAAACAAAAAAGCCUCCGACUUUAUAUUUUUCAGUUUUAUUUUGAAAACAAAAGUUGAAACCUCUUCUACUACUUUUUUUUGACCCUCCAUCGUGAACAAACAAAUUAAUUUCAUCUUCUCAAUUUUCACCUUGAAAUGCAAUCAAAUUAACCAACAUGGAUAAAAACAAUUAAGUUAAUAGCAAAAGGAUUCAUCCUCUUCCAUUCCCCACCAAACUUUUCCAACAAUAUAAAUAUUGUUGGUGUAGAUGAAACUAAAUUGUAUUCUCACACUAAACCUCAUUUGUAUCUGUUUUCAUCGUUUUCCAUUGAUAAACAACAAAGCAAAAAAACAACUAAAACCCAA